CUCCGAUCGGUUCUUGUCGCGCGGCAAAGCUAAAUGCGCGGAAAGUCUUCGCUAGGCUCUAGCAGCACCGGAGAGGAUCAAAGUCCAGAGCUGCAGCUUUCGCGUCCAGCCAGGACUACCGAUCACCCCACCUCAUCACACACCAUGCUGUGCGCAAUCUCCGGAGAGGCACCACAGGUGCCCGUCGCAUCACGCAAGAGUGGCAACGUUUUCGAGAAACGGCUCAUCGAAGCGUAUAUUGCGGAGCAUGGAAAGGACCCGGUGACAGGAGAGGAUCUGAGCAGUGACGAUCUCGUAGAGUUGAAGACCCAGCGCGUUGUUCGACCUCGACCCCCUACGCUCACUUCGAUCCCUUCGCUGCUCGGUGUUUUCCAGGAGGAAUGGGAUGCGCUGGCUCUGGAGACAUACACACUGCGGCAGACUCUGGCUCAGACGAGGCAAGAGCUCAGCACGGCUCUAUACCAGCACGAUGCGGCCGUUCGGGUGAUCGCACGGUUGACGAAGGAGCGGGAUGAGGCUCGCGAUGCGCUGUCCAAGGUCUCUGUGGGCGCUGUCCGUGGCCCAAGUGGUGAUGAUGCCAUGCAGGUGGACAGCGCUGGACUUCCUGAGGCAAUUCUUGCCAGAAUCGAAAGUACACAGGCAACACUUUCCAAGGGUCGUCGUAAGCGCCCGGUGCCGGAAGGCUGGGCUACUGUUGAAACAAUCUCGGGAUAUCAACCUAUCGAAACCUCGAAAGCACUAUAUCCUGGAGGGAAGUCGCUAUCCCUUGACACAACCGGUGAUCUUGCACUUGUCGGAGGUGUAGACGGCGUUGCUGGGGUCUACUCGCUAUCCAAGAAACAGGUCGUUCAGACGCUCAAGACGGAUGGUGCGGUCACCGAUGCUGUCUGGGCUGGCGACAAGGCGGUUAUCUCUUCUUCCAAGGGAGUUGUCAAGGUGUUCGAGAAUGGAGCCGAGGUUGCGAGUUUUAACCUUCAUGCAGGCGAAGCUACUGCGCUGGCUGUGCACCCCACUGGCGAUAUUGUUGCCUCUGUAGGCGUUGACAAGAGCUAUGUGAUCUAUGAUCUCGCUACAUCUCACGUUGUCACUCAAGUCUGGAGCGACUCCAACCUGAUCUCCGCAAUGUUCCAUCCCGACGGUCACCUCCUUGCUGCAGGUGGCACUGAUGGACAGGUUAAGAUCUUCGACGUCAAGUCCGGUUCAGCCGCGGCAAGCUUUCCUAUGUCUGGCCCUGUUAAGACUCUCUUCUUCUCUGAGAAUGGCACUUUCCUGGCCGCGGCCGCUGAGGGCUCUACAACCGUCUCCGUCUGGGACCUGCGUCAUGCGAAGGAGAUCAAGGUAUUGGAAACCGGUGGCAAAAUCAACUCUCUCAGCUGGGAUUAUACAGGCCAGUUCCUCCUGGCCGGUGGCCCCAAUGGGUUGAGCGUCCAGUACUACUCUAAAUCGUCCAAGGAAUGGUCGGAGCCCUUGCGCAGCGCAGUCCCUGCAGUUGCCGUCGCGUGGGGACCAGGUGCACAAAGCAUCGUGGCAACUAAUGAGGAGGGAAUCAUUACAGUGUUGGCAUCAAAAUCAUGAUACCUUGACUCUUUGUACUUUUAGCAAUCUUUGUCCUGCAUGGUGUUAUUAUCAGUGUCAUUAAGGGUUUGAGACUAUCGAUUGAAUAAAAAAAGCAUGAGAUCACUUUUGCACACUCAU